AUGGACGUCGAAACCAACCGAAAUUUGCGUCCGAGAAGCCCGCACAACUACAAGCAGGAUGCUUUGUAUGGGGCAAUCAUUGUCGGCACGGUUCUCUCGUCCCUUUCCCUUGCCCUCCGGAUAUAUGCCAGGCGCAGCACCAGGACCGCAAAGCACUGGCGACGCGAUGACUGGCUCAUGUUCUUCGGUCUGCUGUGGAGCUUCGGUGUUAUCGCCGCCCUAGCACACGGUUUGACCGUCGGACUGGGCGAUCAGGCGUUGCCGAAGACGGAUCACGACAAACUCUGGCUCCCAAGAUCCAAUGCAGCCAUGUUGAUGUUCCAGAACUUGUGCGUCUUUUGCGUCAAGGCGUCAAUUCUCGACUUCAAUACCAGCAUCUUCCGUGGAAGUAUGUUUCGGAAGGUGGCAUGCGCGGUCUUCAUUGUAACUGCCGUCAACUCUUUCACCGGCUUGUUGAUCGCACUUUUACAGGAGAUUGCUGUCUGUCCGCGACCUGACGGGAAAUGUUUUGGCGAGAGCAAAUUCGUUGUUCCACUCACAACUGGAAUUAUAUCGACAGUAUGCGACAUCGUCAUAUACGCCAUGCCAAUACCAGUCCUGGCAAAACUCGGCGUGGACAGAAGGACUCGGAUUGGUCUUUGCUGUGUGUUCCUCUUGGGCCUUCUUUGCAUUGCUACAAGCUUUGCUCGGUGGGCUGCAAUGAUCCAAGACCACCCCAUGGAUCCAGUCACCAUGCCGAGUGACAUUCGCAUCGGGCUCUGGACGUACGUUGAGUUGUCGGCAGGCAUCACCUGUGGCAACCUUCCUAUCCUGGCGCCAAUGUUUGGCUGCGUUGGCCCACGGCGCGGAAGAGGAACAGGUCGCCAGGUCGUCGCUGCGGAAGACGGAAGCGCCCUCACCUUUGCACCUCUCUUUGACUGGGAGCGACAUCGAGCUGAAUGUUCUGUCGGUGCCAGCGGCGAGCAGUGCAAGCACAAUGUCAGCGGAGCCACCCCAGACUCUUACCAGGUGUUCAAGUCAAAGGCUGUCGUCGGUUUUGGACAGGAGGAGGAGCAGAGCCGGGUUCGAAUCGUUGGGUUGAACAGGCGAACAUCAUCGGAAGAAGAAGAUUUCAAGAAUACAGUGAACUGA